AUGUUGUUCACCGGCGGCACAUCGUCGAAACCGAAACGGGAGGACAAAAAGGACAAAAAACUCGAACGAGGUUCUUUUAUUUGUUUAUUUCUUUGGAAAAAGGGGGGGGGGAUUAAAAAGUUUAUUUCAUUUUUCUGUAGCAUAGUUUUGGUUUGUUCAAAUUUUAAUUUCCAAGCUCAAGCUCCGCCCCUAAUGUCGCGGUAACCCAAUCAGAGAGCGAGCCACCCAGAGAGCGUUUUCGAAUGACGUCAUUGUAUUUAUGAACAAAAUAUAAACAGACUUUUUUUCUAUCAUUCAGCUCUUUUAUAGGAAUUUAGGGUCAGAUCUCUUAGCCCCCAAAACUCUAGUGGACCCUAAAGGGGUCUAUCAAUUUCCUAUUUAUUCAGUUUUUCCCAUGGAAAGGCUUUUUCGCUUAGAGUUCACAACAGUUAUCGAAUAGAAAGUCCCUUAUAGGGGCCACUAACCAAAACCCUAGGAGGACCACUUUUGAAAGCUUUAGUGGCCCCUACAGGAGUUUGUAAGGAGUUCCCUAGAGGGGACCCUUAAAAAGCGUUUACCAAUUUUUUAGUUAAUUUUCAACCACAAAGCGGAGAGACAUCCCUUGUUAGACUACGUUUUUUUCUUCUUAGACCCCUGCUUCAGACGAAAAGUACGAACUGCAAGAGAAUGUCUUCGUCCGCUGGGCGAACUCGCUGCUCGCCGGCGAGCGACUCAGCGACUGGAGACAGCUCCACGAGCCGGCGAUCGGCGCCCUCGUCGUUCAGGUCAUUAUCUGCCAGCCCGUGGUUCGUUUUAUUGAUGUUCUGAUGCGUCCCGGGUCGUCCAGCAAUUUGAAGUAGUUGCCCCUCGAAUUUUAGAGUUUGUGAAAAUGUAGGACACAAUCCAGCACAGUCCAAGUCAGUAAGGCCGGUGAGAAAAAGGAGAGCGCAGACUAAUCAGACGUUUUAGAGUCGUGGUGAAUGAAGAAUAAUUUGAUAUAGUCAAUGUUUCGCGACUUGAAAGGCGAAGGAGGCGGGGCAAGGGGCGUAACGUGUGCGUUCGCGGUUCUAGGAACGAGUUCAAUUCAAUUGUCGCCGACUAUUUAAAAAGCUCGGCAACCGCUCUUUUUAAAUGUUUUCUACUAUUUUUUGAUGCAUACAUGAACAUAAUCAUUAAAUAAUUGAAAAAGGAAUGAAAAAAAAAGCGAAAAACGGGCUUUUCAAAGAGUCGAGGGUGGUUGAAUUGAACACGUGCCAAAAACCGCGAACGCACACGCUACGCGUCCCGCCCCUUGCCCCGCCUCCCUCGCCUUUCAAGUCGGGAAACAUUGACUAUACAUCGUCAGAAAAAAAGUCUGAUUACUCUGCUCUAUCUUUACGACCCACUCUCAUGUUUAAGAGGUUAUCUCACUUACCUUUGAGAGGGAAGAGGGUGCAGACAAUCCAGACUUUCUCAUAUCAUCAAUUGAUUUUCACAUUUCCUGUCUCAUUUGUUCAAUUUUCAGUUGCUCACUGGAGCCCCGAGCGAAGACUGGUCGACGCUACUUGCAAUCAUUGGCGAUUCAAAAAUAAACUUGGGCGAACUUUGCGAAGGCCAGCAGAAGGUUUUUGGGCCAAUUUAUAACUUGAAACGGGAUUUUUCUAUGAUUUCAGGCGGUUAUUGCCUUUUGGUGGUCUUUGGUACAAUUUUUCUGGAAACAUUACGCGCCGAUGCAACUUCGCGAAGAGAAGGUAGGGACCGCAACCCAUAUUUUGAAAAUAAUCAUGAGCUUCAAAAUUUGCAUGGUCUGAUAUCUGCUACAAUUUCAAAUUCAGAAUCGUUUGGUUUGUCGAAAACGAUAAGGAUUAGGGAUGAAAAAAGUUAUGACAAAAACUGUGGCGCGCCGCUGACUAUUUUUAGUACUGAAAUCUUGGUAUUCAGCCUUCUUUUUUCGAUUUUUCUUCUAGAAUAAGCUUUGAUACUGGUUUAUUUUGAUGUAAGAAAUCAUAAUAGAGUGUUAAAAUGAUGAUAAUUUGCUAGUUUUCGGGAAAAGUCGCAAUUUUCGAUAACUGGCGCUUGCCGGCAUCGAACCCCGAAAACAGGAAAAGAUCAAAAACGAACUCACUUUGAGUUUUUUUUUGUGGAAAAAGUUCCUUUCUCGUGUUUCUUAUGCUAUAGGAAAUAACAGUAGACGUUUCAGAAAAAUGAAAAAAAUCGAAAAAAAUCAGUUUUUUUAAUCUUUUUCCUAUAGUACAGUAGUCUAUGGCGCUAAGAAGAUGUUUCUUUUUAUUUUCAAGUACUCAUAUCUAUGACUAUUUACCACGGGAGUUUGGACCAGAUGUACAAUGUUCACCACACACACUUUCCUUGUCAGUAAAUGUGAAAGAAAUUAGAAAAAAAUUAUAGAUUAAUCAAAUUUUUUUCAACGUUUCCAGCUUUCCGAAGCAAUCAAACAAUGGUGUCUGGAGUCGACUCGAGAGUACGACGAAGUCAACGUCUGCGAUUUCACGUCUUCUUGGCGCGAUGGCUACGCCUUCAACUACUUGCUUCACUCUUUCAAGUCAGAUUUUGGCAACGUUGAACUUAUUUUCUUUUAAUAUGGAUCCAGCUGCGACUCUGAGUCUCAAGAAAGUGAUAGAAAAAUCACAGAAACAGGCAAUUUUCGAUUUUGAGAGUAAAAUCGGAGCGCAGCUUGCAAGUCAGUUUAGUUAGAUCGAGAAAAGAUAACUUAUUUUAUUUUGAGGCGAAUCAAGUUUUUUUUCAUUGAUUUAAUAAAAAAUGUUCUUAGCAAACUUGUGAUCUGAAAAUAUAAAAUUUAUCGCGAAAAAUUUUAUUAUCGAUUAAGCAAAUAGAGUCUUAUCCUAUGCCUUUUAACCCUAAAAAGAGCAGUUUUUUUGGAAUUUGGUUUGCAUCAAGCUCCUUAAAUAGGUUUGAGGGGAAAGGGAAUGAAAAAAACGUGAAAAAAACAAAAACAAAAAGUUCUUGAAAGUUCACCAAAAGUUUAUUUCAAUAUUUAGGAAGUUUGUAGGCGAUCAGAGAUCAAAAAAAUUCAAUUUUUUUAAGAUAAAAAAAGAAACGAAUCCGAAAAAAAGUGGUUAUUCUAAAAAAACAAGCGCCACAUCAUUUUGGUUAGAGUUGAAGCUUUGAAAAACUAAAAAAACUCCUGAGUGGAAUACAGACCAACAGAGCAUCAUAAUUAGAACUUGAAAAAAAAACAUUUUUCAGAGUUUCUCUGAUACAUUUUUCGGAAUAAAGAACUUAUUUGGAGUGAACAAUCAGCUUAAAAAUGAAACCAUUUUUUUGAAACUUUAGUUAUAUCAAAAGCAAACUAAGAGGAUCAUUAAUAACAUUACUAUGAUUGUAAGUGAUCAGUUUCACAAAUUAAAUAUAUAUUUUUGCAGCAAGAAGCUGGUGAACCUCUCGCGAAUCGCCGAAAUGGGCGCCAUCGAACGAUUGGAAUGCGCGUUCGCGACGGCCGAGAAGGAGCUUCGCGUGGCGCGGCUGUUGAUGGCAAGAGGUACUCGGAAAGAUAAAAAAGAACGGAAAAAAGCCGGAGGCGGGAAAUUUUCUUCCGGACCGACGGAUGAAAGGUCGGCGAGAAAAGAAGAGGGCGCAGGAGGAUACGCCAACCCAACGUGCACCCAUGUGGUUUUGCGCAACCUUUAUCGAUCGAAUCGGGGCCUCCGUCUUGAAGGAAUUCCCGUUUUUGUUUGUCCGAUCGCAUUCUAUAGCCUGUUUGUCGAUUUAUCUCCCGUUUAUUGCCGGAAAUUUUAAUUUGAGUAGGGUUUCGCUUGAUUUUAAGUUGAAGUUUGAAGACUUUCAGAACUUUGUCCUGUCUGGUUUUCUGAGAAAAUUGAAAUGAUUCUCGUUUUUUCCUUCUAUUCUUUCACUAAGCUCUUUCAAAGUUCCGAAAUCACUUGAAAACUCGAGUUUUGAACUCAAACUAAAGAUGAAUUUCCGUGUUUGUUAUUAGGACCGCUGUCGAUUUAUCUCCCGUUUAUUGGUGUCUAACUUAUGAGAAAAAUUCCAGAUUAUUUUGCUCAUUUUCAGUUUUUAUGGUCCUUUUUGUCGAUUUAUUUCAAUCUCAAAAGCUGAGGCUCAACCUUAGUAAGAAUUUAAAGGAUUUCAAAGUAAGUCUAGUCAGGCUUUUUGAGAAAAUUAAGCUUUUCUUCUAUUUCCUUCUUUUACCUGCUACUCUUCCCCUGAAACCCAUUCAAAUCAGUUUUUUUACUGACUUUUUGUGAGCUUUUUCAAAAAAUCAUGAAAACGGGAGUUUUGGAGCCUUUUUGUUCUCUAUUUUAUUGCUUGAAAAUUUAAUUUAAGUAAGUUUUUGCAUGAUCUCUAUAGCAGUUUAAGCGUGAAGUUACGGAAAUAAAACUAAUGAACAAUAGUUCUCAUUUAUCCCUUUAUUUUAGCCUUACCAGUACUUUCGAUUUGACGGCUUCCCUGAAAGUCAACGAAAAUUCGAAUUUUGGACUCAACUCGAGGCUUUUCAUUUAGAAGGUUUUGGAAGAAAAUUGGGCUCUAUGUCUGUUUAUAACAUUUGUUUCUCCACUUAACUCAAUUAAUUGGAGAAUGGAGAAAAUCCGAGUUUUGGACUCAAAUUAAAGAAUUUCGAAGUGAAAAUAAGUCUGAUUUUGAAGGGUGAAUUUCUGUUUAUCCUUUUGAGAAUUGCCAAAAACUGCGGAAGUUUUGACCUUGGUUUUAUGUGAUAAACUAUACCUAAGGCCAUAUUGACUUGAUAGAAUCAACCGUUUUUAGGUACAUAGUCCAACGUUUCAAAUAGUGACUCAAACCAACAUUUUGUACCAAAAAUUUCGGACGUCGUUAUUUUUGCCUAUUGUUUCAUGUUUUCUCGCUCCGUUCUUUUCAUUGCUGAAAAUUAUUUUUUGGUCUGCUAUGGUUUCUUUUUUCAGAAUGGAACAGAAGAACUUUUCUUUUUGAGACUCAUUCUUGAAUUUUUCCGCAAGCCCUGAAAAGCUUCUGUGAGGAAAAUUUUUUUUAAAGUUUAUUUUAAUCAGUUUUUUUUAUCAAGUCUAUACCUAAGUACCGAACUUCAUUUAUUCCUAUAGAAUGAAACUUUUAAAGAGGUAAAUUAUUCUUUCUAUUUUCGUUUUUCUAUGAGCCUUUUUAUUUCUUUGAUUUCAAAAAAAUUUGGCGAUUUCGAUUCAUUUUUCUUUAUUAGGUUGUUUACUAAGUUUCUUUCUUUUUUGAAGGACUUUUUUUUAAAAAAGUUUUCAACCAGAAAAGCACUUCUCACAAUUUUGCUUCAUAUAGUAUUUACAACCACACAAGCUGAAGUUCAGAUUAAAACUAACUGUAUCCCUAUAACACUAUGCAGAAAAAAGAUACAGAACUUUGUCCGAACUCGAAAAAUCUCGAUUUUUGGAAAGUUUUGCGAAUUUAUUUUUUAUCUUACUUUUUCAAUCUUAUCUUGCGAACAAGUUACAUAAAACGUAAACUGAGGUCGUGUGGUUGCUCGUGAAAGUUUCCGUUAGCUCCCAAAAAAUUUGAGAAAUGAGUUAUUUAUUCAAAAGCCAGACCAUACAAAUUUAUGAUUGGUCAAUAUUGUUGAAAUAAUGCGCGUCCUGUUUUCGUUUGAUAUCACCCGAAGUACAUUCGUAAUUAUCUAUCAGGUUUGGGGUUUUGAAAAAAAUUAUAGGCAUAACGUUAGCAACCGGCAGCUAUCGUGAAACUCGAGGAUUUAAUUUUACAGCCUUUUUUCAUCAAAAAAUUUUUAUAGCACCAUGGCAGUGGUUUCUAUCCACUCUCUAAUUUUCUGCCCUUUUGCUAUCUCUCUAGUUAAUAAAAAACAAGUACAACAAAGGUCACUGCAGCCAUGUGUCAAAGCAGAAGUGGUUCAACUGAGUUUUUCCGGCCUAAAAUUUUGAUAAACGGUAAUCAACUGAAAUGACAGCUUGAUUAACUUCUGGAGGCUCUCUGACGGUGUCGAACGUUUAGACCUUCUGAAGAAAACGUGACCGAUACAGACAAUGUCUGUACUGAAUAACCACAAAAAAUCAAAAUCAUCCUCAAAGCCGUUGAUGAGAAAAGCGUCUAAAUGUUCAGCGACCAUGUCAUUGUCAUUGAUCACUGACCGAAAUUUUUGAAGAAAAAAGAUUUUUAGGCUGGUUUUUUGUUUAAAAAGUCAGCUUGCCUACUCUAUCUGUACUUCCAUCCUCCCUCGUUGUUAUCAACUACAAAACAUUGAAUCAUAAAUUUUUUUUAGAAUAAACAAAAAAAAUUUUUCUAAGAGGGGUUGAAAUCGAGUUAGUUGCCCUUUUUUGAGUAUAUCAUUGCUCGUUUUAAAGUCAAGAACUCCAAAAUUAACAGACAUGUUAACAGAUAGCUGAGGAUGACGGGGGAGAAAUUGUUUGCUGUUUGAAUCCAAAAUUGAAAAGUUAUACACCAAGUAACUUUCAACCGAAAAAAGAAAGAAACUUAGUAAACGACCUAAUAUCUUCAUGAAGUUUAGAUAUAUUAUUUUUUUAAACCAGUUGUUUUCUUCUUUCUAAAAAUAUUUUGUGAGAAAAUUUGAUAUUUCUGAGCAAAUUUUAAGCAAGACUUCUGGUUUCAAAGUUGAAUUAUUUUAUUUGCGUCAUGUUUUCUGAAAGCUUUUUAGUUUUGAUUCAUUCCAAGCUUGUUAUAGUCAAUCCUUCCUGACUUGAAAUAGAAUGGAAAAAGGCGAAGCGUUGCAUGUGCGACGCGGCUUUGGGCGGGAACUCGAGGUCAAAAAAAUAAUCAUGGAAAAUUGUAGAAAAAAAUUCUUUAGUAUUUUUUUAUACUUUUUAUUCGUUCGAAUGAAUCUUUUUCUAACCUAUCAAUAAAUACAAUUUAUUGAAAAACUGUCGGAAUAAGAGAAAAAGGAAUGGCUUUUUGAGCUCGAGUUGCCUGCCAGAAGCCGCGUCGCACACGCAACGCUCCACUCAUGCCAGUCUACUCAUUUCAAAUCGGGCAUAAUUGACUAUAUUUAUUUUUUUAUUGUCAGAACAAAGUAUAUAAAUGUACAGUAUCGAUGAAUGUCUUAAAAGGAGGGUUUAGGAGUCAUCAGCGAAAAAGUAGGCAAAAAUAAGAUGGAUUAGAGUGAGAGGCGAAUUUUUUUUUAAUUUUUAAAUGGGUCACUGGGCCCUUGGUAACAAAAACCGAACGUUGGGAGCAAUUCAAGGGAUCACUUAAGCGCUGACGGUAAUAAAGUGGUCACUAAAAAUGCCAUGACACUUCCGGGGCCUACUCAAACUUCGGUAACACGAAUCGGGCAUGUCGAGGCAUUUCUAGUUACCACUUUAGAAGCGUCAGCCCUCUCAAGUGAUCCCUACAACCGCUAAGAAACGUCAGGUUUCCGUUACCAAGGUCCGAGUGAAUAUCAGUCUGGUUGCAAUUAUCAAUAGAGCGUGAUAAACCUCUCGAAACGCGCCUCAUUCGUCAAUAAAUCAAUCGAAGCCAUCGGCCAUUCAUCUCGGAAACGCAAUAAACGAGAGGUUCUUUGAAAUGGGAAAAAAGGGCUCCGUCUGAGAUCGAUCAUAGAAAAGUAAAAAUAAACAAAUACAGGCGUUUCUUUGCAGAACUCCACAGCGAACACCUCGAUGCGCACUCCGUCGUUUGCUAUUUGAUGACCGUUUACCUGUCCAUGAUGAGCCAGUGUAAUUUCCAGGUAAUCUCUUGAUUUCAUCGACUCUAUUUCGGCUUCUUUUCGAAGUCUUUUGUGAGCUUCGAAUAUUGCUCCUAGAAAUAGUAACGAAAGAGAGAGAUCAUUAACCUGAAGAGACGGCAGAGAAGCGAGAAAAGUCUGCUUCUCUAGCGUCUCUUCGGAACUUCUAUUUUUGGUAAUAAGGAACCUUUCAAGAAGACAGUUGGUUCCUUUUUUAUAUUCGCUCGGUUCAAAGCUCUCGAGUGUCUGCGUCUCUCUGUUCCCUCAGCGGCGAGGUUAGAGAAAAAUAAAAACAGCACGUUCAUAUGAGAGAGUCGCCGAGAGACGAAGAGGGCGCAGAGAAGAAUUACGGUUUGAAGUCGCGAAAAAUGGGCUAUAAAAGAUGAUCUAAGGAAUUGAAAUGAAAAUGAGAUGACAAAGUUUUUUCGCCUUUAUUCCCUGGUCAGAAAGUUUCCGAACAGACAGAGAAAAGAACGUUUUCUCACAAGGAAGUCGAUUUUAUUUUCCGCGCGGAAGUUUUUUGGAAAUUCUCCUCCAAAGGGCCCAAUCAAAAAGCUGGAAAAACUUCCCAGUUUUCAAAAAUAAUGUCAAAAUUUUCUCAUUUCACCCGCUUUUGAGACUUUUUUUUGAGUUGAACUUUGAGGUUUUUUUUGUAGAUUUUUUGACGGGUCAAACUUUCAAAUUUUUAUAUGGAUACAACGAAAAAAAUGGGGGAGCAGAUUUUCGAAAAAAAUUCUCAGAAAGGAGAUAAGAUCUUCUUCGUUUUCAGUAAAAUUUUAGACUUUUUCCGACUUUGUAGAAACGGUUCAAAUUUUUUUUCUUAUUUUUAAGGAAGCUUGAAUUUCUAGGAGUUUUUAUUUCCUAACGAAAAGCUGUUGAAACAGCGAAUCAGGAUUACUUUUUCACCACUUUCAGCAAAAACUUUUUUUCACUGUGAAGUAGAUGCGACUGUUUAACACCUGUUCUUUUAGAGAAAUGGAUCAAAAACCGUCGUUUUACCAAAAAAAAAAUUUUUUUGGCGGAGAGCUCUUGAAAAAAAUCGGUUCAUUUUUUUGUGUUGACCAUUUUUGGCGCGGUUUUAUUCUUGAUCUCCGAGUCGAAUGACUUUUUUUCCAAAAAAAGGUAUAUUUUUUUAUUAAUUCAUUUACAUUUCUUAUGAACACUACUUGGUGAAUUUUUUUGAGGGAAGCUCAACUUUUUUUCUAAAUUUCUAGAAUUUUUUUACUUUUUUUUGUCCCUCUUUCAGAGUUGUUCAUUUUUCUGACAGUUUUUCAAAGAUCAGUCAUUUGAACAUAUCUGUUAUUUUUUUAUCAAUUUUUUACACGCGAUUUUUUUAAAAAGGUCUCUGAAUAUAGCUCUAUUUAUUUAACAAAAAAAGAACAGAGAUUUUCUCUCCAAGAUAUUUUUCUUGAAAAAAACACAAUAAACUGAUUUUUCAAACUGUCUGCGGACGGUUUUGAAACGCGUAGAGUUUCGUAAAGCUUCCAAAUCGAACAAAUUCUCAAAAAAUAAGUCUUUACAAGUUUCAAGUUUUCCAUGUACCUAUAAAGGUUUAUAAAUGCAAAUACUUUAAAAACGCGUACAGCUUGGACACGUUCUCCAAAAAAGCUCUUUAAAAAUCUAAAAUCAAACAGUUUCUCUGUAGGUUGUUGCAGUGGAGUCAGCUUGAAAUUCGAAAUCUGAACGGACUAUAAGACUUUUGAAGAACAACAAAAACAUGUGUAUCCCAGUCAGAAAUAGCUGGUUCGGAACGGAAAGAUGAGGUUAAUCGGCGUUGGAAAAAGAAGCGCGCGAAAUGUUUCUUUUGUGUCCUGCUGACCGCCGUUCGGCAAACAUUCGUCUGCUAUUUUCCGUUGCUUCAGAAAAUCUUUCUUUUAUUUUUGUCUGUUCAAAACUACUUUUAGGGUUGUUAAAGCCUUGAAAAACUAAAAAUUAGCUUCAAAAUGGGUCUUCCCGUUGAGAUCAUUGUGAAAGUUGGUCUAUAUGCUCCUCAUCAGGGAUUUUUUUUGAGCUAUUUCCAACCGAAAAAUCUACAUUCCUCAUCAUUUUUGCUUCAUAAAUCUAUUUUCUCUCUAGUUUUUAUUUUUUUUUUCUCAAUGUUUUGGUGGUUCUUCGAGAGCUCCUUGAAAACUUCCCUUUCAGAAAAUUUAAUUUUGAGAAAUCUUUCGGUUCUCGGUCACGUGUUACAGUGAGAGACUAAUGAACUAUCAAUUUUUACUUAUGUUUUACGAUUUCUGCGACGUUUUUUUAAAAAAAUAAGCUUCAAUUUUAGUUUUUUUUAUGAUAAAAAGUUUUAUACAGACUAUAAACCAUACAAAGCUCAAUGCUGAAAAGAAAUUUUUGAAAAUUUGUCUGCAGUCCCUAUAUAUAGUCUGUGCUAUUGAAUAGAUAAAUGAAAGUCUGAAAAAGAGACAUUCCAGGAUCUCUUGCCACUGACUUCCGGCCAGGAAGGCUCGCAAAGCGUUCCGACGUCUCCGUCGACGUCGACGCCGGCUCCACUUUUGACGGCGGCGCUUCCGCCCGCCGGACAAAUGCGAACCGAAGACAGACCCACAUUCAAAAGUUGCAUUUCUGCGAGUUUUCCUAUACUAACUUGGAUUGAGUUUCAGCUAGAACGAGUAUUGAAGUCGGCGAACAACAGUCGUUGGAUGUGAGUUCUUUUAACGGACUUCAGUUUUUCAAAGCUUACACAAAUGGGCGGAAUAGUUCAAUAAAAUGAUCUUCCUUUUUCUCGGGAGCUGAUUCUAGCAAUUUCCGACGAUUAUUGCAUCGCUUUAAAAAUAAAAAUAAAAGUAGAAAAUGGGCGGGAUCAGUCAAUAGUCGGUUUUUCGUUGGAGCACACUUAGCAAAUGGUUCUGAAAUUGGGAUAUUAACAAUUUUAACAGUACCUUUUAUGGAAAAAAAAAUUCUGAUCGUUAUUUCAUUCCCUGGAAUAAAUGUAGGUGAACUUCGAAACUUUGAGAGAAUUUUUGAAACUUCCACUUUUCCAAUUUCAUUUUCAUAGAACGCUGAGGUGCGAUCGAGAAAAUCAUCCUCCUCUUCGCAGAAAUCGGCAAAAAACAAGAAGCGAAAAGAGGAGCAAAUGGCCGAAUUCGAGAACUGCAUCGAACAGGUAACAUGAGUAUAAUAUGAGCAUCCCUGAGUCAAAUGAAAGUUUUCAGGUGCUGACAUGGCUGCUUGAAGCAGAGGAGCAGCUCACUCAAUUGACCAGCCGUCAGAGAACCGAACUUCCUGCCGUUAGGUUCGAUUUCGAUACGAUGCUCCAGUCGACAGGAGCUUUGAAAAAGGAAAUCUUGAAUUUCGUAUAGUUCAUUCACCGAUAUUUGAGAUGCGCGCUCUCUUUUCGCUUACCGGAGAGAUCAGAGAAACAUUAAAGGCAUAGGGGCAGUAAAAAAUGGGGUUUCAGGUGAAAGCUGUAUCUUAUAUAGUUUUUCUUUCCGAAUCGAAUGGUCUACUCAAAAAAAUUAAAUAUGUGACCACUUUAGAAGAAAAACGCGAUUUUACUUUCCCGCCUUUAUUUUUGAAAAAAGCUUUGGAUCGGUAUGCAGACAAAUGUUUACAGUAGCCGUGCACGCGAUGAUGCGGACGUCUCAUUAGACUCGCAUUUUGUAAAAAAUAACCGGAUAUUUGCUUCAAAUUAAAGGUUUCUUCUCUGAAAAAACAUUUAGUCAAACAAAAAACACACACCGAUAAUAAAGAAAAUACAAAAUAAUGCUAUCCCAAUCGAAACCUGUGUGAAAUCAUCGUUUUUCACCAAAGAAGCGUUUUCGCGAUCAAAGUUUGCAAAUUAUUCAUGAAUAGAACGCUUUUGUGACGAAAAGAACUCUGGUGACAACAGAAAAAAUUGAAAAUUGAAAGAAACGAAGAAAAAAGCGAAAAUCCGGAAGGUGGCGAAGCCUGUUGUCCAUAGAGCAACUUUACUGCAAAGCGCCCUUUUCGCGGGAACUCAAACUUUCCUCUCUCCGACUUUGAAUUAUUUUUUCUCCAAAACUAGGAAGUUUGGUACGUUUCCAAGUUCACCGUUCGAUUCGCAAUGAGAAACUCUACAAAUAUAUGCUUUGAACUAAAACACCGUUUUUUACUGCCCCUAUGCCUUUAAAAUAGCUUUUAAAAAGAGAGGGGACGCAGAGAAACAUACAAAAUAGUGGCUUUAUUCGAUAGACUUCUAUCACUUGUCUGUGCCCUCUUUUCUCUCGCUAAACGAAUCAAAAUCAUAAAGAUAGCACACGAAAUGAGAGAGCCUUAGAGAGAAAAAGGCUCCGGUGAAGAAAAAUUUUUUUGGCAUAACUCCUGGGAAAAUGUUUAGUGGCCGCUAUAGGGUUUUGACGUUUUAGGUACUACUACUAGACGACUAAAAGUUUAAGUGGCCACUUGAGGGGUCAAUAGAUCAACAUAACUGGUCCAAUCUGUUUGUUUUAAAAUUAUCAGAGCUACGGGAAGGAAUACUGGAUGAAAAACUACUGCAGUGGUCACUAAAUAGAGAACCACUAUAGUGGCCACUGAAAAUUUUCCCGGUCAUUCACCAAUCUUUGAGACAGUUUGAUCUUUUUUCUAGCCAGAAAUCAGCGAAACAGGGAAAUAGCGUGUAAAAAUGAAAGAAUCUAGAGAAAAGGAUUUCCGGAAUAAAUAAUUCACGAAUAUUUGAGACACUCGGACAACUCUCCGCUCUCUUUUCUCUAACCGGAGAGGUCGGAGGUGAAUGAAAAUAGCUUGUAAAAAUAAUAGAGCUCAGAGAAGCCAGACUUUUCAAAUUUUAUCGAUUCAGAAGCCAAUUCGCCGAUUUCGAAGGCUUCAUGUCGAGCCUGACGGACAGUCAAGACACGGUCGGACGCGUUUUGGUGAAGUGAGCCCUUUAGGGAUCUUUCAUCAAAACCAGUUGGAAACAGAGGUCAAGUCUUGGGCAAUAAAGCCGAGUCGGAGGAGGAACGCGAGGCGAUCGCCGCCAAGCUGCAGCUCGUCAACAACAAGUGGGAGACGUUGCGCGAGGAGGCGAUGCGGAGGCAGAGCCAGCUCCAGACGCAGAUCAACUCCCUGCAGCAGAGGUACUUAAACAUCUGGGAAACGGGGAAAAUUGAUAGUACAUAGACAAAGUCGGAAAGUGUGGAAAAAAGGCUCCAUAGAAAAGUUCCUUUUAGGUGAAAAAGGCUCGUUUUUGCGGCCUUUUUUGAGCCAUUUCAUCGGCUUUUAGGCACCAUUUUUGCUGCCUUUUAGCGGCCUUUCUGAGCUAUUUUAUCGGCUUUCAUGCAUCAUUUUUUCUGUCUUUUUGCGGCCUUUUUGAGCCAUUUUAUUGGUGUUCAUGCAGCAUUUUUGCCGCCUUUUUGGGACCUUUUUGAGCCUUUCUCUUUUAGCGGCCAUUAUCCACCACUCUGACUUUACCCGAGUUGUGUUUGGGAGAGAAAUCGACAUCGUCUGAUUGCAGGCGGAACUAUAUUCUUGUGAGCUGUAGGUAUAGAUUAACUCCUUGCAGGAGAGGUACAAGGCUUUCGGACAGUAGAAAUGGGAUUUGAAAUAGAUAUUGAAAACGUAGAGUUUUUAUAGAGCGUCUGAUUACAUAUCAAUCUGUGAACUUGAAUCGUCUCGGUAUAUUUAAACCCUCCAGCAGAGGUUCUGGAAAGAUGUAGGAGACGUGAAACUGGUUUUAAGGGUAUUAGUAUUUGAGGCCGGGGAAUCUAUUAUUUUCAGACAGACAUCAAUUUUAACGCUCACGGACGGGGAAAAUGGGAUUUUAGAUAGAGAAAAAAACUUGUACAGUUUGGGUAGAGCUUCUUAAUAGAUGUGAAACUGAAAACUGAAAGUUUUGAAAAUCCUUAAUUUCGAAGAAAUGAGCUAACGAGUAAGUCACUUUUGAAGCAGAGGUACGGGGGGCAUCUAGAAAAAAAUAAAAAUUGAUUUUUGAUGGUAUUUUUUUCUAGUUUUACGAUUAAAAAAAGCGAGUUUUUCUUUCAUUCUUUGCAGUUUUUUUCAAGCUUUCCAGGAGUCAGAGAUUUUACAAAAAAAUUUCGUGAUUUUAAAUUUGAGAAACAAAAAAAUUUUUAUCAAAAAAAGGCAAGAAAUAUAUUUUUUCUAACCUUAUGUUUUUCUGAACUCUUUCAUGAGAAUCUCCAUUUCCAGAGAGUUGGAGAACAUCGAUACUUGGCUGGGCGAUAUUGAGCUCGAAAUUGCGAGUUUCGCGCCCUUAGCGUCAACUUCCAAAGAUGCUCUCCAGCAAAUUAUCGACCAUGACCGAUUUCAGUCAAAAAUUGAUGAAUAUCAGCAAACUAUCGAUAAGUUGGAGUCUUUUGUGGCUGUGGUGAGAAAAAAGAGACAGGGAAAAGCAGCAUACAGUAUUUUUUUAGGUCGAUGAAGAGAACGAGGAAAGCGUUGCCUCGCUCGAAGAUGCUCUUCAUUCGGUUUCUGAACGGUGAUUUUUUUGAAGAAAUGUUUAGGAAAAAAAAAUACAAAUGCUUCAUUUAAGACAAGGAUAAAAAGUAAAAGUUUCUUGAGAAAUUUUGGAAAAAUGGUCGGAAAAUAAAUGAAAAAUAAUAUUUGCGCGUGAGGUGGCUGUGUGUACGCAACCUUGCGUGCGUGUGAGGUGAAAAAUUAGUUUUUAAUUUUUUACUGUUUUUUUCAAUCUUUUUUUUUCUCAUUGGACUUUUUACUCCUUUUUGACCUUUUCUUAUGUUUGAUAUUUUUUUAUUUAUCUCGUUUGAAGAUGGCAAAAAGUGUGUGAAUGGGCUGAGAAGCGAGCCACGAAACUCGAUGGAUUGGCCGAACUGAUCGAAAAGACAAUUUCGGUCUUUGAAAAGCUGUCGAAAUGGCUUACAACAAGGGAGAAUGUUAGUAAAGUUUUGUAUAAGUAAACGAUGAUAUUUUCCAGGAAUUGGCUGGAUUAAAGUCAGCCCAUCAUCUGGAAAAACGACGAGCAGGUCGCUCAACAGGUUUGUUUCUGAAUAAAAUAAAAAAAUAUAAAAGACAAAGCAUUCAUAAAAAAACAAUUAUACAAAAAAAUGUUAAAAUCAACCUUUGGCGAUAGCUCUAAAAUUUCUCAAAGUUUUGUCUUUUUUUUCCAAAGUAUUAUCACUAUUCAAUCGGCUUUUUGAAAAAAAAAGUUUUUGAAUCGUUUGUUUUUUUGAAAUGUCAGUGGUGCAAAAAAAGAGCUUCCAUUCAAGGUUCGUCAAUUACAAUCCGCCGAAGCGAGUCUGGAAGCGGAACAUUCGUCAUUUGUCCAAUUAUCUCAACUUUCUUGCGAUUUGGUCUCUAGGUUCCAAACGGCUGAAUCUAGGAGAAACUGAUAAUUUUGAAGGCUGGACGACACGAAUGGAGGUGCAGCCAACCAAGUGAGAUUGAAGCUGGACGAGGUUACUCAGAGAUGGGAUAAUUUGGUGGCUAGGAUCGAAGAAUGCAGUAAAACGGUUAGAAAAAGGAGCAAAAAUCAUGGAGAAUGGGAAUUUAAGCUUGUGAAAAGCGGAAAAGCCGACGUGAAGCAGUUGGAAACUUCCGAAGGGCCGGCGAAAGAAGGAGAACCUUCCUCGGAAGGAUUGUCGACGGACACGGAGGUCGAUGAGACCAAGAACUUGGUGGGUUUGAAACAGGAAAGUUAUUAUUGAGAUUCAAGGAAGUUUCUGAAGUUUUUAUGAAAGCUAGGAAAGCAGAAAAUGGCUAAAAAAAAAAUUUUUUUUUGCUUUCACUCAUCAUGAAAGGUCAAGAAAAACCGCCGAAAAGCACGGAAAAUAUCCUGUUUUUCAAUUUAUUGAUCGGUAUUUUGUUUCAAAUUUUUUGAGAGUGAAAAAACAGGAAUAAUUAAGAACUGUAGUUCAAUUGAAUCAGGGAGGAGAUCGCUCUCAUGAAAACUUGAACUUAAAAACCUUUCUUUAUGUAAAUUUCCUCUCAAAAAGCUCUUCCAGCUCGUCGACAAGUUCCUGAUGCACAUCAGCAAGCUUUCCCACGAACUCGUCCCCCUGCAACAGUGGUCCGAGUCUUUCACUGUGUCCAGGAAGUCGGAUCAGGUUUGAAGUGGGGAAAAAACGAGAAUGGGCAUUUUUCUUUGUGGUUUGGAUUUUUCUCAAAAUUGUCCGGAUCACCUUGAUAAACCAAAAGUAAAUUAUGAAAAUUUCAACUGGAAAAAAACUUUCUAGCUUCGAGAAAGAAGACCUAAAAGUCGAAGAGAACCUUCAAAAUCUUUUGUUGAGUUUAUUUUGGGGCUUUGAGCCCUUAUUUCUCGAAUAUUCAUCUAAAAUUCCGUCUUGAAGGUCCGCCGAAUGAUGAACACCUGUCAAGAGAAACUUCUGGAGAUCAAGGAGCAGGAAUCGAGAGUCAACCGGCUCCAAUUGGAGCUGGAGCACCUCCAUGCGGCUCGCCUCAACGCCAAGCAGCUCAAGAGAGCCAACGACGCCUUCGAGCAGUUCGCCAAGGUGAUUGAAAAUUAAGAUCAAAGCGUUUUAACUCGAAAACGAGAUCCGUUUUUCCAGUCAGGGAGGCGGUAUUGACAAAAAUGAUAUUGGUAUUUGAAUGAUCAGCCUCGGGAAAGUAGCUCUGAUUUACUUGUGCAAAAUACUCAAGAGGAGAGGUAGCCUUUAAGAAUGUUCUGCUUGAACCCAUGAGUUCGCGUUUACAGAAGCUUCAAGUAGCAUUUCUAUAUCGACUUCAACCAUUCAAAAGUUUAGAUUUUUCAAAAAUUGUUCGAUUUGAGGGCUGGGCUCGGAUCGUGACGAAGAUCAGCGAGGCGAUGAAUGUACUCACCGGUCAUGCUCAAGACGGCGAAGAGGCCGCUGUAGGGACGAAGAUCGAACAAUGGCUUUCCGCCGUUGACAGAGUCAUUUCUGAACUUGCUCUGCUCCCUGUCGAGGAACGGAAGUCUAGAAUUGACAAGCUGGAACAGCAGCUCCAAGUCCAGGUGUGACUAAAGCAUGAACUUUUGAAAUAAAUAAUCAAAACGGAAGUUUCUUGUUCGUUCCAAUCAGAAGUUUUCGACUUAAAAGUCUGAAAGAAAGGAUGUCUAUGAAUUUCCCUCGAGAAGACACUUGUUCAUCGCCAGUUUCAGGCCAAGAACGUCAGCUUCAUCGAAAAAGACCUCGUGAAAAAGGCGAUUCUGAAGAAGGGCCUAGAUAUUGCGGCCAAACGGCUCGGUGCACUGAAAAAAGCGGUAUAUUUUUUUCAGAAUUUCUGACAAUACGGUUUGUUAAUUUGUGGAUUUUCCACUUCUUGAAUGUGUUUCAUAUCGUUAGGGAGUUCUCCGAGGAAGUAUUUCUUGAUUCAUAAAAUUGUCGUUUUUCAGUUUUUUUCAUGUGAUUAGAGAAAAAAAAAGAAAAAAAUCAGGAAUAAAAAGGGAAAAAAAUAGAAGAAAAAAAGCGGCGGAGUAGAACGUAGAUAUAAAAAGGACAACUUUGUGCCAUUUUUUUUUAAAAUAACAAUUUUUGAGUCAAUUUUUGAGAAUCUCAUUGUAGCCGGGUUACGGUAAAAAGGUCACCUGCAGAUCUAAGUAUUGAAGUUUCUUUUUUAUCAGACUUGUUAUAUGGCAAUCGAUAGGAAGUGUAGUUAAAAGUUUUGAAUGUCAAUAAGGACAAAAAACAGAAAAUACAUGAAAAGUUGGGAAAUUUGUGACUAGACUCGCUAAUUUUCAACCCACACCAACGAAUUUCGGAUCUUCCAGAGUUUGAUUUAUUUUUCAGGACGAAGAAGCUGAAAUUCGGCCAGUUGCCGUGCAAGUGAUGAACGUGCAGCCGUCGACGUCGGCGGAAAAAAGAAGCCAGGAAGAAGAAGACGUGAUCAAAGAGCUAGACGGGCCUUGGAGCACGAUCGGAGACGUCGAGGCGAUCGAGAAGGACUUGGAACGGGCUCAGAAAGCCGUCUUCAACGCCAGGAACAACGGGAUGAGCAAUGAGGUUUGAAUUGUGUGGGCGGAGCUCGGUUGCAACAGCGGCACAGUUGUAUAUGCAAUAGAGGCGCGGGGAUGAGAGCCGAACUUGUGUAUUCAAUGAAUGUAAAAAUAGCAAUAAGACAUGUUUAUCCAGGUUUUCGCAAUUUUUAAUGGAUUUUAAAGUUUUCGAGGGAGAUUAAAAAUCUAUCUGAAUGAGGAACUUGACGAAAAAGCAUUUAAAAAAUAAAUUAUUGUUUUCGAGGAAGCUCAUUAACAACAUCUUUGCUUCGUUUUAUGAUUAUUGAUUUUGAUAAAUUUCCAAAAGUUGGUGAUAUCCAUAUUUCUUAAGACAGUCGAAAAAGCGGAAACGAGGAGAGCCGAAAUGGAGGAGAAGAAAAAAGUCACGAUUUCCGCGGCUGAACGGAUCCGACUGGCUGAGAAGACGUUGAACGAGAUCGAAGACAGAGUGACCGCUCUAGGGUUCUUUUUUCAGCGUUUUUCACAAAUUUUUCGUGAUUUUAGGAAAUGCGACACCGACCUUCCUGAAGUGAUCAAGAAACUGGAGGAGGAAGGCAACAAAUUGGCUUCUUCGAUUUCUCAGAGGAAAGAAGCGGAAAGAACUGCGGAGAAGAUGCUGACGAUGGACGACGACGUGUCUGAAGAGGUGAGAAGAAAAAAAAUAUGGAGUUUGUGAUAAUAAAAAAUGGUUUGAAAAGUCUCUUUUCAAAACCGCGCACUCAGGUCGGAUCACUGUUUCAAUUGAGUUCUUUAAUUGCCGCCUGUGAUAGCCACAUACUCAAUUCUUCUGUUAUAUUCUAGAGAAAAAAAUAAACAAAUUAGAAAUUUUUUUCGAAGAAAGGCGUAAAAAUCGAGCUUUGGGCUCGGGGAGAUACUACAGAUGAUAAUUAUUAAGAAAUAAAAAAAUUCAGGAGUUCUUGUAAUGAAAAGGACAACUAUCAAACUUUUUAUCUACCAUGGCAUUUGCUCUACUUUGAUUUAACUCUACAUCUCUGCAAAUCUUCUCUUUCCACUUUAAUCCAAAAAUUGAAUAUUAUUUCUUUUCAUGAUUAGUUCCUCUUCUCUUUUCUCAUCCCUUCUAUUUAUUCUCCUAAAUAUUUAUGCGCCUAAGAUAGUCGCAAAAUUAUCCUUUUCUUCGUUUUUUGAACUAAUGCAAGGAGGAAAGGGCUGAUGAGAGUCACCUCCUAUGUCGUACACUUUUAAGACUCGAAACGGUCGCGCGAUAUACACUCAGUUUCUUUAUUUAUUGUUCUGUUCCUCGUCCUUACUCGUUACUACUUUGAUUUAAACUACUUACACUUACCUUUAUUAAACUUAACACAAAUUUUAAUUACGACUUGUAUACCAAAUAUGAAGUUAAAAGUGCCUCUGAAAAGGCUCCGCCCAUUUAUGAUAAUUAUUAAGAAAUAAAAAAAAAACACUUUGAGCAUAAAAAUGGGACUUUUUUGCAGGUAGUGCAGCGAACCCGCGCGGCAGUAGAGGCGGUGGUCCGUCGGUGGGACGACCUCGCGGAGACGAUCCGACUGUUGAGUGGCCGCGCCGCCGAGGCUCACGCCGAUGUCCUCCGAAGUAUGGGAUUGCCCUUUUCUGUAGCUUUUCUAUUCAUUGAAUUUCUAAAAAGCAUAUCUGAAAGUCCGCUUUCAAGGAAGGUCUCGUAACAUUUAAUAAAUCUCGUUUUCGAGUUAAAAAGGGAACAUUUUUCGGCCCCCGUUUGAAAUUUUGAUGAAAUUUUCAGGUGCUUCUGAUUCCAGAACAAGAAACAUAUUUCACGCAAUAAAUCUUGUUUCCGAUAAAUUAAACUUAAAAUCACUCAAAUAACGCAUUCUUCCAAUAUUUGUGUAAUUUGCGGGCUUUAAAGGCUCUCUACUCGCAAAAAAUCUAUCGCGAGAAGUUUUCUUCUUUUUUUUUCGCAGUAAGGAGGUUCUGAAGUACAUUUCAAUCAAAAUUCAAGCUCAACCGGGGGCCGAAAAUGCGUUCCUUUGUAAGACGCUUCGAAGCAAAAAUAGCGCUUUUUUGUCAUAUUUUGGGUGUUUUGCAAGCUUUAAGCUUCAUAAAUCGAAAACAAGAUCUAUUGCGACAAAUAUUUUGUCCUUGUUUUGUGAUCAGAAGGUCCACGAGAACACUAAAAGCUUUAUCGAGAGUGCAACCGAGGGCAAAAAAGUUUUGAUCCAUAUAUUUCAUUUUCCCGAUUUUUCAAUCAGGUUGAUAUUAUUUGUCGGACAAAAGCUCGGCAUGUGGGCGUUGGCGCGCGAAACUCGUUGAGGGAUCUUUCAGAAGUCAAUAUUUGCGCCCUCUUUUUUACCAUUGGUUGGCCUGAGUUCCCUUGGUGUUUUUCUGAGAUUCAGAGCAUUUUAAAAUCAUUUUUAGUCGAAGAUUCAUUUCAAUAUCAGACUUUGGAAGUGAUUUAAAAAGGAUGUUUGUAGUUUUUCGUAACAGUUUAUCAGUUGUUCUCAAAGUCUUUGAAUUUUGGUGAACAAGGAAAAAAAUAAUUGAUGAGUCAGAAAAAAAGCUUCAUUUUAUUUCUCACUUUUUUAAAAAAAUCUUUCUAUUUUUUUUCAUUUUUUUAGUAAUCCACAAAAGCUUGAUUAAUUUUUAUCUUUUUCGAGAUUUUUUUUUGCAAAAACUGUUUCUCGGCUUGAAGACUUUUUGGUCAGUUUUUAUCACAUAAUUUCUCGAUUUCUCUGAAAAAGUUACAUUUUUUUCAGCUUUCUCUCUCAUUCUUUACCGCUUGGAGUCCUUUCAAAAAUAAAAAAACUGGAUUGAAGAAAAAAAUUGUUUCCAACAGAAAGAAACAAGUUCGAGUUCAAAAAUCGUCUCAUUUCAAAUUAUUACUUGUAUUUUUAAGAUUUACUGUUGAACAAAAAGCUUUUUGAUGUUAUGGAAUCUAAUGGAAACGGUGAACUAAUUUUUCAUUCGGACUUUGUAAUUUUCCAAAUUAUGAAACACCUUUUUUGCAAAAUUACACUGGAUCAGAUCGAUAAAAGCCCGGGUUUUUUGAUUUUCAGGCGCUUUUUUGGACAAAGUCAAAUUCAUGACUCUUUUUGUCAAUAUUGAUUCAUUUUAAAGCUAGUUCCACUGUUUUCAGUAGUCUCCUAAAAUUUCAAUCAUUAUCAUCAAUAAGAAAUCUGUUAUUUAUUUUUGUAAUGACGAAACCCGUAUGUGACAAGAACCCUCCUUGAUGUACCAGAAAAAUAUUCUGAAAGAAUUAUCCUGUACAACUUCCUAGUUUUUGAGAAAAAGGGCCGAAGGCUUCAAAAAAACCUUUUGAGGGUUUUCUCUAAUUUCUAGGCUUCUUUUCUAGAAAACUAGGAAGUUAUGCAGGUUGAGACUUUCAGAAUAUUCUUCUGAUACGUUAAGAAGUUUUUUUGUCUAUUUACAAAAAUCCUUGAGAAUUAAAACUAUUUUUCUCUUCAGGACGUCUUGACGAGGCCGAAGAGCUCCUGAAAAAGGUUGAAGACGCGAUCGAAGCCAGUCAAAAGACGGUUGAUGCCGAAGAAGCUGCCGAGCAACUCGACGUAGAUUUUGUCUGUUUUCUGCCGCAUCCCGUGUUUUACAGAACUUGGAGUAUUUGCUCGAAAAACUCGCCGAACUGGAAGAUUUGAGCAAGCCGCUGGGCGACGAUCCAAGCGACCUUGCCCGUCGAGCCGCCGCUUUCGAGACCAAAAGGGCCGACGUGCAGAAAAAGGCCGGCGAAUGCGUCGGCGCCGUCUCCGACACCAUGAACGAGUGCGAGGAGUUCGAGAAGCAAAUCAGUGAUUAUCAGGUCUUGGAGUUCCUUCAAAGCCUAGGGCUGAGGAGAAGCUUGCUUUUUGAGAAAUCUUGAUGAGAAAAGUUUAUUUUCGAGUUUUGAUAAGCAAAUCAGUGAUUAUCAGGCUUUUUUAUUGGUUUAUCAGGUCCUUUUUUUGGAAUCCCCUCAAACUUUGGAAAUUUUUUAGUUUUGAAAAGCUAAUCAAUGUGUUUAGAUUAUAUAGCGCAGAUCAGUAUUUAUUUGGGGACUUUCUGGUCUUUUCCUCAUUGAAACGAAGCCAAAAAAAAAGGAACAAGCCUUUUUUUUUAAAUAAUCUUGAUUCAGAUGGUUUGUUUUUGAGGUUUUGGACCUUUUAAAAGCAAAUAAGUGACUUUUUUGGCUACGGCGAUUUUGUAAAAUUUGGAAAAAAUCCUAGAAAACUUGCAAAAAAUAAUGAGAUAAUCAACAUCAAUGAAAAAAUGUAGGUUUUUCAAAAUUUCCAUUUCAGACUCACAGAAAAUCUGACGUAUGCAUCGAGCAAAAAAAAAAAACAAUGAAUUAAAUAUUUCUUUCUGGGUCCCUUCAAUUGAAAUGAAGCAUAUGAUCAGAAGAAAUCAGCAGUUUUUGAAAGUUAGGAAUGUUAGUCUUUCACAGAUAAGAUUGAAAACAAUACAAUUUUCAAGUUCCGCUUUUUAAAGACGUCUCCCCAUAAUGCGGGUUUUUCCAAAUUUUCACCUUGAAAAUUUUAUUCUUUGCAGCUUUGCGAAAUAAUUAAAAUUUUCCUGGAUUUGACCAAAUUUUUUUCAGACCUGGAGCAGUAAAAUAAGCAGUCUGCUAUCCUCGCGAAGGUCUUCGGACCUGACGGCUUUUGAUCUGCCUCAUGAAUUCCAGGUUACUUUUUCAGUUCAUUUAUAAAUAUAGUUAAUCGAUCAAAUAAUCAAUAAAUACAGGAAGCGGAGAAUGUUGAAUUGCUGACGGUAAGUUGUGUGUUUGUGAUGAUUGUAAUAUUCAAUUGCAUGAAAUGGCAUGAAAAAGCGUAUUUUUUAAUCAUUUAAUGGAAAAUAUUGAGAUUAAUUGUUGUGUACUGCAUUCGCCACGACUUGGAAAAGUUCUAGCUUCUCUGCGCUCUCUUCUGUCUCAUCGAAAAGGUGUUAGAAGUAAGAGAGCCGAGAGAAAUCAGACUUUUCCGAGUUUUGACGAAUGAAUUAAAGGAAUGAAGAAUUGUCCGUCUGCUUCAAAGUGAAUGAAUGAACUCGAUUCGUCGAUUUGAAAAUCCGUGGUCGCAUUUGGAAUGGCUUUUUUGAGCCAUUCCACCUGGUCUUUCAAAGACGAAUCGAGUAGACAGGAAGUCAUGGAAAAAUUGAAGAUAUCGAAAUUUUCCAGGCAAUGGCCACGGACUUUAAUUAUUGGCACAAUGCGUUGGCCAAGCUCCAAACGUGGCUGCAGCGUCCUGGAAACACGCAUCGGCUUCAUGAGCAGCUGGAUCAUGCCCAAGUUUGUAGAUUGAUCAGGAAGAAAUUGAAGAGCUAGAGAGCGUGGGAAAUGAAGAGAUGCAGAAGUUUCUAAUUUCUCUGACUACUCUCAGAUUUCGGUGCUCUCUCUUUCUCUUUCUUUCUUUUAGAGAAAAAAAACGUACUUUUUUCGAACACGGCACCUACAACUAGAAGCUAGAGACGCUGAAAAGUCCCAGAUUUUUUCUCACUAACUAGAGUUCUCUCAAGUUUCCAUACUCUCUCGCUCGAUAAAUAUGGAUUCUUGACGACAACUUUUUCCAGGAAUCACUGAACGACCUCAGUCGCAAGUUCAACGAGUUCAAGCGACCCAAGGCGUUUGAGGAGAAGCUGGAGAAGGUGGCGAUGACGCUGUCGCACGUCGAGAACUCCCUGGACGACAUGACGGGAAUCGAGGCGGCCGAGUGCGGCGGAGCGCUGAUGGAGGCCCGGAGUCUGAUGCGGACUUUGGAAGCGAGCGACGAGGAUAUCCGUUCCUUGGAGGACACUCGGGCACAGUUGCUGCUGGUGAAUCAGUUGUCUUGGAAUGGAAAUAAGGGGAAACGGGGAAGAAUUUCAGAACUUUUCAAAAAAGGAAAAAUGACCGAAUCUUUGUGGUUUUUUCAAGUUUUUCGGAAGGUGAUGGCCCAAAUUUAUUUCAUUUUUUUUUAUUAGUUGUUGCUUCACCAGGCAAGAAAUGUACUUUCAUUUGGUUUUUAAAAACCAUAGUAAGGGAAAAAGCUGAAUGAAAAGACUUAAGAGUGAAUAAAAUUCAAAUAAAAGAUGGAAGAAUGAAAUUUAAAAAGAAACUUUUUCCAGGAAAAGAUCCUAGACGAUGAAAGCUCGAAAGAAAUCAUCAGGAAGUUGCAAUUUUCCAGAUCGAAAACCAAGGAACUUACAGAGGUAUUUUGAAUUUAUAUUUUAUCAGAGAGCGAUCACAAAUAGUUUCAAAAAUCUUGAGAUUGAAAAAACGCAUAGUUUUAGCUUUAUUUUGAACAAAACUUGAAGGCGCAUAGAUAUGUAACAAAAAAGAAUCAUGAGACGUAGAGCUCUUUCCGUUUUGAGUCAAACGAGGCUUCUGAAAGCUGUAGCAAGGGAUUUUGAGCAAAUUAUUGUUAUUUAGCGGGCCAAUACGUCAAUUGAACGGCUGGAGGACUGUGUCGAAAUGUUCGGUCGGCUGAGAGAAGAAUCUGACGAGGUAGACUACUUGACCCCUGUAUUUGGAAGUUGCCGAGGGGCUCUGGUUCAGGGAAAACUGAGCGGAAAUCGAGUAUAGUAUAGUCUGUGUACCACGACUUGGAAUUUCCCCGAACGACAUUCCGCUGCGCCCCUUUGCGAACCUUAGUCGCGCUUUUAAUUAUUUUUCUUUUAUCAAGGUACUCUACUUUUAUGUGCUCCCACAGAAAUAACAAUCAAUAGAAAGCGUGACCUAGAUUCAAAAGACGCUUCGCGAACGCACGCAGCGGAACAGCGGAAUGUCGUUCGGUGAAAUCCCAACUCGUGGCACACAGGCUAAAGAAGAGAUCGAAGCAGAGCUGAAUAAAUGAGAUUUUGCCUUUUUCCCUUCAAAAGACAUUAGAUAUUCUCAUCUUGUCAGAACGGAUCGUUCUAAAUAAAACGAAGCUUGAAAUUAAGCUUAUUCUUACUAAAUAUAGAGUUUGUUCUGAAAAAAGAGAUCCCCUUCCAGAUCGAAAGGUUUUUGGACGACAUGGAAAAACGGCUGGACACUUUUGCCGCCGGCGAUCGGCCGGAAGACGACGAUUUGGUCAAUACUCUGAUAUCGGAGUGGAAUCGGAAUGAAGCCAGCAUGAACAAUGCGGCGCAGUUGCAGAGGCUGUUGAGGUGAGAUUGAAGGGAGCUCCCAGAAAGGCGAUUCACGGCUGGCUUGAGCCGUUUUAGGAACGCCAGAGUGGUCCCGAGAGGGGCUAGGUAAAAAUCGUCUCUGUGGGGGACAAAAUAGUGCCUCCUGGAGAAUGAAGUUUAGGUGGCCCGUGUAAAGCUUGAGUGCGACCUAUAGGGAUCGUUAAACUUUUCGUUCAGAUUUGAGAAUUAAAAAUACUUAUUCGAUGAUUUCUCUCGUAGAAAAUCUCUAUUAGAAAUCAUAACGAUGAACGAAAAAAAUUAUCCCCUAGAGUGGCAACUAAUCGAAGCCUCUAGAGUGGAAAUCAAAUUUCGCCAUUUUUAUCAGAAUUUCCGUUUAUUUUUUUUACGAAAUCUCCGGACAUCAAAAAUCAACACUCAUUUCAUACAAUUUCAAAAAAAAUUCCACGGUUUAAACGUUUUAAACAUUUUUCUAGCCUAUUUUUUGGCUUUUAUCUUUAUUUUCCAGAGAACGAGCCGUCAAGCUCAGCGACGACGUCCUGGUCAUGAAGAGAGUACGAGCGGACGCUUUGAAAAACCGGCUCAACUCCUGGAGUCGCUCAAUUCAAGUUUGUGUUUCAGUUAGGGCUCAAAUGACGGAAAAUAAGGUUUUUUGACUCAUGUGUACUGUUGGCUUUCCAAAAUGAAGGAAGAGAAAAAAAAUGUUUUGGUCAUUUUUUUUCUCUUCCAACAAUGAGCUCAUGUCGAUUUUUUAAGGUAAUAUAAAGUCUUUUGUAACCUAAAAUACAAUCUCGACUUUUUUUACCGCAAAUUUCGGAAAAUCCUUUUUUUCCAUAUAAAAGGUUUCCUUAGGUCUUCAUCUGAGCCUUCAAAAAGGUAUUUGAGAAAAUUUUCGUGAACUCCAAACUAAAUUGCUUACUUUAUUAUAGGAUUUUGAGCGAAGUUGUAGAGAACUCCAAAAUUUCUCUCAAAAAUUGUCAGGAAAUGAACGACGAUGAGGAAAGUUCCCUGUUGGAAAUCGACGCCCUGCACAAAAACUUGAACAAACAGUUGGACGAGGUUCAGGAAGCCAGUCCGGCUCAGGUAGAAAAAACAGAACAGCUCAUAAAAACCUUUUUCUUGCAGAUCACCGAAAGACUCAUGUUCCUCCGUGCCGAUCGAGAUCGCCUCUCUUCAAGGACUCGAAAAUUGGCGGCCAGAAAUCCCCGUCUUGCCAACAAUGAGCUCAUGUCGACCUUGAACAAGAAAUGGUCGAAUCUUGAACAGAAGGCGUCGGAAGCGCCGACGGAGACUCCCACCGCGAUCCAACCACUCCGGACACCUCCUGAAGACGCGGCGUUCCACGAGAAAGUAGACGAGCUGUCGGCCCAGUUCUCCAAUAUUUCCGCCUUUCUCGACUUCGAUGCGACUCCUGUGGCAUCAGUGGCCGAGUACAAGCAAAGGCUUGAUGUUAGUGGAGUUUCUGCUCGGAGAUCAGCAUGAUUGGGCGGCUUGGCCCGUCUGCUUUUCGGGAAAAAACUUUAAUGUCCCUGUUUGAGUAUUUUCGAGGCGAUUCUGAAGUAGAAAAAAAAAAUCAAUCAGCAUUUGGAUACAAACAGAGAACUCGAACUUGCAGGAAAUGGAUGACUGGAUCAAGAAGAGCCGUCCAGUCGUCGACGAGGUCGUUUCCGAAGGGAAGCUUCUGGCCAACACUGGCCGGAUGGAACUGACGACUCACACGGCGAUCGACAAACUCGACGAGCUGAUCGACGUCGUCGAGUCGGUGGAGCACGACCUCGAGUCUCACGAGUCGAAAGUCGCGGCUCUGUGCGAACAGAGCGAGUCUCUGCAGAGGGAAGUGACGUCACUCGAGGAGAUCGUCGACACCUUGGCCGCCAGGGACCUGACCGAUGUCGACAUUGCUAAUGUUAGUCGAAAGCGUCAAAUUCGAUUACUCUGCGCUCUCUCAUGUUUACACGCUCUUGACUAAUGUCGAUAUUGUGUAGAGGCUCCUCAAGGGCUUUUUGGAAGAAGACGCUAAAGUGGCCACUGAAACAAUCUCUAUAGAAGCCACUAUUUUUCAAUUUAGUGGCCACUUUAGUAGCUUUUAGCAGUCUGGUAGUACUACACAGACUUUUAAAUAAACCAUCAAAUUUAGUUACUUAAGUUGCCACUAAUUUAACUACUAUAAGGGUCACUAAAACUACAAAUUUCUGAACUGGAAACUAAUUAUUUUUCCAGUAAUUUGAAUUUUCAGGCGACUCGCCGAGAAUUGGCCGAACGGGACGCCUACAUUUCCUCUUUGACCCAAAGCGCCACGGCGAUUCACUGUAGUUUGCCUGGAAAAUCGCCCCAAACGAGAGAUUCUUCCCUUGACAAGCUCAGUGAGAAGAUUUGCGCCCUGGAGAGUGUCCUGGCCAAGGUUUUUGAAGAGCAAAAGGCGGUCAAGAUCAAAAAAUGAGUUCAGGUUCCAAUAAUCGAAGAAAAGGAGCAAAAAGAGAAAAUUUCGCCGGAUCGGACCAGUAACAACAGUAUUCCACCUUUGGGUGAGAUUUCGGGUCAUUUUUAAAAAAGUUGACAGUUUUUUUUUUGACUGAAGGGAAGUUUUUAGGGAAUAAUCUGUGGAAGGCGCUUUUUUUUGAAGUUAAAUUACUCAAAAUUGAAAAAAUAAUAUGAAAUCGAUAAAGCUGCUAAAUCCUUUUUUUGUGCUCCAUCCGAAUUUUGUAAACAACGGACGUUUUUUUGAAUUGAUAUUAUUUUUUCAUACAAAUAUUAUUUUUGUUAAUUUUUUUUUCUCGGAAACGGCAGGCUUUUGUACUAUACAAUUUCAAGUACAAAUUUGAAAAACGUGCUAAAAAAAUGACAAUAAUAUAAACUUUAAAAACCCUAAAUAAGGUAAAAAUUAUGGCUCGUUGACCGUAUGCCUUCAAGCUAAACGUUAGAGAUUUAAAACAAAGUUUUACUAAAAUAAACUCUUUAAGAAGAAAAUUACAGCGAUGGAGGCUCACGGAACAGCAACCGAAGAUGAAGAUGACGGGAAAAGUCGUCAAGAUUCCAUGAUGCUUGAUGUUGAGCCGAAAACGACUGUUCUACCUGAACCUGAGCCUGAACCCGAAGCAGAGGAAUUCGUGACGAAGGUUGACGUCAUUUCGGAUGAAGCUGACGCCGUCAUGGACCCGAAGCGACGUGAAGAAGACGUCCAGGAGAUGUUCGAGCGGCUCGACGAAUUGGAAGACGCCAUGACGAAUUAUGAAGAGUAUCCGUUUGACCAUAUCGACGGCGCAGAGACGGAAUUCGCGGAGACGAAAGAGAUCCUGGACGAAUGCGAGAAGUGUGUCGAGCAGCACGAGAUGAUCAUGAACAUCGUCCAGUGCGAAAGCGCCCGGGAAAGGAUCAAGGUAUUUUGGAAGUUGGGAGCCUGAGCUCAGACGAGUCCUGGAAAGGAGUUGAGGAGGCCUUGGGAAGGGGAAAGGGUCAUAAAAGUCUCAAUAGAAAUUUUUUUAGGGUGAGAAACGCUCCUUUUUCAGCACUUCUUGAGCCUUCAAAAUUCUUUUAAAAAAAUUUCGAUACAAGGGACUUUUUUGCUGCCUUUCUGCGGCCUUUUUUUGAGCCUUUCUCUUUCAGCGCUCAUUAUCCAUCAUACUAAGGUGAAAAAUUGAGAAUUCCUGCCAUAUGCCUUCGAUCAGGCUUCUGGAAGGUGUCGGGAAGCUGUGUGGAAGACUCACUUUCUUGAAAGCUUCCAAACGCCUUCCGAAAUCAGAAGCUCUUCAAUUUUUAUCUGAUGAUCAGGAAUCAGCCAUUAAUACUAAAAGUCUUAGGAUUUUACGAACCUGAAGUUGAAGGGCUUUUUUUAACCCGACUGCCAAUGAAACCCCUUAAUAGAAUUUCUUUAUCGCAAACUUCUUCUUACCACUAAAAAUACGUUUCAAAUAGACUAGGUAAGAAUAUUCUCAAAUUCGAUCACAUUCCUGCCAUAGUUUCCGUUUAUUUGGAAUUUAGACACCUGCGAAUUGAAAAAAAAUUUGGAUGAAGAUAUUUUGUGUCGAUUAAGACCCUUUUCCAUCAGAAAUAGCAAGAAAAAGCGUUUAUUCAGGCUAUUUUCUAAAAGAAAUAGCAGAAAAGGCGUUUGUUAAACACAGGCGAAUCGAGAAGGUACCUUAAUAUGUCCACAACGGUACCUCUCAAAACUUCAAAAACCCCAAAUAGCGCUUUUUUGGCCUAGUUUGCGUAUUUUGCACACUUUGAAGCUCCAUAACUCGGAAACAAGAUCUAUUUAAAGAAUUUUUUUUUCUUGAUCUGCAAUCACGGGGUCCUAAAGUACACUUCAGCAAGGUUUCAGCAAAAGUUCAACCGGGGGGUAAAAAAUGGUUCCUGGUCAGUUGUAUACUCGAGGUACCAUCGUGAGACUCAGAGGGUCUCGCGAUACCCUUUCUCGAUCCGCCUAUGAAGUUAUUCCAUAUACGAAAUAGCGAAAAGAUGCGUCCUUAUUAAGGACAUCUUUCAGAAAAUCUUCGCCUUGUUCCCUAGCUUUUUUCCUUGCAGAUCCUGCGAGAGUCGAACGCGAAUCGCAUCAAAAAGUACAGCGGUUUGCGCGACGAAUGGCGUCAAUUGAACGAGGUACACAUCCCUUUUUCCCAUUUUACAACAAUCCUCAUUCGCAUUGGCAUAUCUUUUGGGUUUCCAGACGGCGCAGACUGCCGAGCAAAUCGUGAGCCGAUGCGAAGAAGCGACGGCCGCCGGCGCAGAUGCUACGCAGGUGCGUCUGAUUUGCGGUCGGAAAGAAAAAAAAAGAGAGAAGAAAAAAGCUAGACGAGAGUUUUAUGCACUUCUUCACCACUUUAGGAUUGGUGUUUGAGCAGUUUUCAGUUCAAAUUCAGAACUUUUAGUUUCUUUUUGAUCAUGCUUCUUAAUAUUGUAAUCAGAAGUAAGGUUAUUCUUUUUCAGUCGGAAUUAGGAGCUCAAAAUGAUUUUCAAUCGAAACUUCAAACAAAAAAACAAGUAAAAAGUUUUCGGAACUUUUUGCAACUGUAGGUUUAGUGUGUCAGAAAUUUUUCUGAUUUAUGAUUAUAAUUACUAAUUUUUAAUGCUUUUUUUUCAGUGAGAAAAGGAUCAACUACGAUUUUUCUUUGAAUGAAUUUUAUUUUGUUUUUUUUUUUUUGGAUGUGAGCUCUUUUUUCUACUUUACAUUGAUUACAGUUUUUUCGAACCUCUUUCCGAUAGUGGACAAUCAAUGGAGGAAGCAACCUCAUUCGUGGUUUUAGCUGAUGUCUGAAGCGGAAAAGAGCGUUUGCGACGCGUUGAAGUUGCUCUCCGUGACGGUCCCGCGGAUGGACGAGAACUCCUUGAUCGCCAAGAGAGUCUGCCAGAGAGUCUACGGAGCCGAGGACAGAUUCCGGAAAAUGAGCGCCGCUCAGCAAGAAGCUGCAGCUCAGGCCAAGCUCAGCAACAUGAACGAGGCCGAGCUGAGGAAGUCCCUCCAGAGAGUCCUUCAAUGGUUCGUUCCAUAGAAAAUGAUCUUUGAGAUUAUGAGGCCAGAUUGGGUGGAAGUAUUCGUAUUCAGUAAAUUGGAAAGUUUAUUGCCAUACAUGGACAAGUGAAGAUUUCAAUGAGUCCUGGAAGAUAUUUUUUUGUGACGGGGGGGGCUCAUUAUUGAGAAAAAUGUCUGCGGGGGCUUCGAAAACAUUUUGAAACUCAUUUGAAAGAUUUUCAGUUGUUUAAUCGUAGUUUCUGUUGAAUUCUAAGUCAUAAGCAAAAACAUGACAAUAAGCAAAAACAUGACUUUUUCGUGAAAAAGCUUGAUAUAUUUGACUUGAAAAAAAUUUGAGCUUUUCAAGCCCGUCGGCUAUUUUUGAAUGGAAGAAAAAUGGUUUUGAAAAAAACUAGUAUUCAGAACUUUUUCUCUUAUUUUCAAAACUCGAUUAUAAUAUUGAUUUUAUUUUCGGACAUUGACACUUUAUUUUGGUGAAAUACCUGUUUCAGUUAUAUUAUGAAUAAAUAGUUUAAGUUUACUAAACAUUCCAACGCACCCAGAGUGUUAAAUAAGAAAAGCUGUGAGAUUAUGGUCGCGAUUGGAAUGGCUCAACGCGUAACGGAGGCAGUUUUUGUAAAGCAACCGGCUUGAAACUCCUUACGCAAGCAUUAUAGCGUGAUUAUUAAUAUUUAAGCCAGCAAUCAAAACUUCACAGAAAAUAGCUACUUUAGGGAAAUUUUUCAAUCUUUUCCAUUCCAUUCAUUUAAGGUGCGAGAAAGUCGGAAAAGUAGUGAACGGAGAAGUGAACAAUCUGGACAUUGAAGCGUUGACUUUGAUGGACGAGAAGCUGGAAAAGUAUGGAAAGCAGUUUCACGAUAGGUCCUUAAGGAGAAUAUUUCAAAAGUUGAUCAAUUUUUUGCAGAAGGGUCGAACUCGCCGAAUUGGAAUGCGCGAAAGACGUGGCGGUGACAAUGUCGCACUUCAGCGAGGAAACUAAACACGAAAUCAGAAGAUUGUAUUCGGAAGCGUCGAAAGAAGUCGCCAAGGUGAUUUUGGGAGAUGAUAUGGAUUUGAAAAGAAAUUUUCAGAAGGGUAAAAUUGAUCUUUAUAUUGUGGGAGUAAAAUAUAUCGUGAGAGUAUUGAUGAAGAUUAUUAAAAUCUCUGAAAGCUGAAAAAAAUUUUUGUGAAAAAUAGAUCUUUUAAGAAAGAAGUGGCCAAGGUGAUUUUGGGAGAAGAUAUGGGCUUGAAAAGAAACUUCAGAAGGGUAAAAUUGAUCUUUAUAUUGUGGAAGUAAAACUAUGAUGAGGAUGAAUGAAGACUCUGAAAGCUGGAAAAAUUUUUCUGAAAAAUUGAUCUUUUUAAAAAAAGUCGUAAGAAGUGGCCAAGGUAAUUUAAGAAAAAAGCGCCAGAAAUGGAAUUUUUUUGAAAGAGAAGAAAGAUAUUAACAAGGUACUUGAAGAUUUUUCUUUAUUUUAUUUUAUAAAGGUGAAAAAAAUCAUAGGAAAAAGUUUAUGACAGUAAAGUUCUUUACUUUGUCGCAUAUUAAAAAUAUUUCUUUUUAGAACUAGUAGAAUAAAUUCAGUUAUUGGCUGGGGGAGCAUGAAGAAAAAGCAAGAAAAAAAGAAUAAAAAAACAUGUCGAGUCAAAAAGGGGCUCCUUCGGAGAUCAAAAUUUAAAAAAACCAAAACGAAAAACUAAUUUAGACGCAUCUUCUAAAGAAAAGAUUUUUGAGCCCAAAAAAAAUCCCAGAAUGUCCCUUAGAAAUGUUUUAGUUAUUGUAAAAUGAAUGAACUGAUGAUGACCAUGAAGAAACUUGAGCAAAAAAAAAGUAACCUUCAGCUUCGAACUGACGUCACCGACACGAAGAACUGGGUGCAGGCCGAGCGGCAGAAGACGUCCGACUUCUGGCAACAUGUAGAUGAGCUCGAAACCCGGAGCCUGGAGCUGCAGAGAAGGACGGCGGCGAUUUCGAACGCGGCGAUUUACACGCCGUCCCGCGAGAAUAUCUCCUCGUGUCACCGUGAGGCGGAGCUCCUCAAAGAUUCCGUCGCCAAAAUCAAGGCACAGGUCCAGGAGGCCAACCGCGAGUCGACCGCCAAGCUCUGCGGCAAUCCGGCCAAGGUUUGAUUUCUCGAGCUUCUGAAAAUAAAUUGAUAAAAUCUCUCUGGAAACAUAGUCCGUUUUUUUGCGACUUUGCGUUUCAGCACCUUUUUACCAGGUUUAAAGUCCGGAAAUUCUCUGCGCCCUCCUCGUCUCUCGGCGACCCUCUUAUGUUGACGUGCUGUUUUCCUGAUGAUCUGACCUCGUCGGUGAGGGAACAGAGAGACGCAGACUCGAAAAGUGUCGAACUGCAGCGAACUUAGGAGCUCCAGAGUGGACCCUAUAGGGGCAAUCACAAUGGCCUUGUAGUCGGGGCCACUUUAACUCCCAUAUAGGGCAUUGAAGCUUGUCAAAGUGACCUUUAUAGGGGCUGUUUCCUCCUAUCCCUUAGAGGAACUACUUUGGCGUUGCUGGAAACGGACUAUAGUACCUUUUGAAAAAAUCAGUGACUUUCUUUCUCUGGUGGACUUUUAAAGUUAUUAGUUUGAAUAUGAAGUUCUCAAAAUUGCAUUGGAUUUAUAGUUGCGCCCGACUUGAAGCGACUCUCACAUAUUUUGAGCCUUUUUUCCACUCGUGGGCAAUCCUUAUGAGCUACGAGUUCGAGUGGAUCUGAAUUGUCUUCGCUCCCUUUUCCUCUCUGACGAGGUCAUAGAAAUGUAGAAAUAACAUGUGAAUAUGGGAGUGUCGCCGAUUAGAGAAAAGAGAGCGCAGACAGGCCAGACUUUUCCGCGCGAAUGGAGCUUGGCUGACUUGGGCCCAUCGAAAAAUGGUCGACACGAUGAAAAAUGUCGCAUGAUUUUUGGAGAGCGCAGACAUCAGAAAUGUUUCCCAGUCCUAAAUCAAAGAUACUCCGAUUUUCGCGGCUUGAAAUUGCUGUUUUUCUCUGCGCCCUCCUUGAAAACCCUUAUGUUUUAUGCUAUUUGCAUGUUAAUGUAUCAUAACAUACUGUAAUAUAUUUAAAACUCAAUGAAAAACAUGAAAACAUGUGUCGGUUCAAUAAAAUGCUAGUUCUCCGCCUGUUCCAGAGAGUCGUCAAAGUUCUCACCGCGGCGGCAUCUGCCAUCGCCGACGCUCUCGCACUCGACAUGGGAUCGGCUUUGAGUGAAUCCGCGGAAACCGAGUCCAGAUCUGCCAGUACGGUCAUCGACGUCGUCGAGAAGCAGGCUUCGGUAUUGAAUUUUUUUUUUCCUAUCUAGAAUCCUCCCCCCCUUUAUAGUGACGUCUUUGAUGAUCGUGAGAAUAGUUUUAGUCCCCCUCUCUUGCCCUUUAGCUUUAGCUCUUCCAAAUUAUAUUUUUCAAUAACACGAAUCCCUGUGAGCUGAUUUAUUGAACUGACCUUUUCCCUUCCAGAAAGAAGAGACCUCAUCGGAUGAGACCCUGAACGAAGAUGAAGACGAGGAACAAGGCGACCCCCACGCUGAACACCAUCUCCUCCUUCAGCCCUACCAUCCACUCGAAUCAAGGGCUUCGACCUCGACGACGCCGCCGUCGACGUCUCAGAGACAACACCCGGUCGACAUGACCAAGCUCAACGCCAAGGAGGAACUCGCCAUAAAUCAACUGACACAAUCGAAAAAUUGGCUCUUGGAGGUGGAAAGGGACGCUUCCCAGACGGUCGACGUGGCCGACUGGCACGCCGCCAAGCAACUCUGGCAGACUGUUCAGGUAAUUCCAAUUCUGAGUUUUCCUUAGUGACGGAAUGAUUGAUUUUAGUGGUGUACUAAGACCCAAAAACUCUCUGAAAGUCUUGAGAAAACAUCUAGUUUUUGUGAUAUUAACUAACAGGCAGAUAGGAAACAAGUUCUGAUAAUACUAAGAAAUUUUCAGGGAAUCGUUGACGAGAUCCGCAUGAGAACAGUUGAAGUGACCGCGACGCAUGACGCGUCGCCUUCGAAAGUUGUCCGACAGCAGGCUUUGCAAUUGGUUCGUUUUUCUGUCUAGGAAACUCGAGUCCGAUUUUUCAAAUGGGACUUACUGUAUAUUUCCACUUUUUGCCUUAAAACGCAUUCAGAAUGGAUUGAGACGCGUAGCGGCUGUGAUGCGGUUAUUUUUUUCAUCAGAUUCUUUCAAAAUUUUCGUCAAAAAGUUAUAGUCUGUUCAGAUUUUGAAUGUCAAUUAGAAGGACGUCAUUCGAAAACGCUUGGCUCACUCUCUGAUUGGUUUAUCGCGCCAUUAGGGGGCGGAGCUUCAGCGAGGAAUUGAAAUUUUAAAUCUGAACAGACUAUACGAUGAAUAGAAAAACCUCACAAUGUGCAAGUUUAAUGGGAGAGAGUGAUAACAAAAAGAUCUCUUUUUGGUUUUUUAUAUUAAGACCGCAUUGGGAAUGGAUUGAUAUGCUCAGCGGUUCGGUGCGUUAAUUUUUGUAAUCAGAUUCAUAAUAUAGUGUUUCGAAAAUAAAGUAAGCUCGAAGUGGAGAUGUCAAAGUGAGGUUUAUUCGGAAAAAUAGAUGAACAAAAGCUGUUUAGCUUCUUUUUUUUUCUUAGAACCGUACAGGGAAUAGUUUGAGAUGCUCAGCGGUUUCGGUGCGGUUCAUUGCCAUUUUCAUCAAUAGUUGCAUCCGGAUCUAACCCCUUUGUAUCGAACUUGAAGGAUGAAUGAAAUUGAAGAAUAAUUGAAUUUACGUGUAAAAUUUGCGUCAGAUUGCCGAAAUGACCCGCCUCAUCGACGCCUGUGAACGUCGUUGCGAGACCCUUUCGAGAAUGGGCGAAGAGGCGCGUCUGAAUGAAACCGCCAGGAAUGAGAUGGACCUAUGGCUGCAGGAGGCUCAGGAACACAUUGGUAACUUUUUUGGUUUUUUGAAAACAUUUAUUUUGUUCAAAAUGGACUUGAUUAUCUGGAAACGAUUCAAGUUGCCUCCCAAGUUUUGGAAUUUCAUUUUUUUUUUCACUGUGAAUGACUUUUUUAAGUAAUUUCUUUUUGUUGAAAAUCGACUUGCCUACAUGGAGAGACUCAAGGUGCCUUUAAAAGGGUUAAACUUUCACUUUUCUUUCCAAAAAAGGAGCGAGAUCGAAUAAGGAAGCCCAACUUUAGGGGAAAAACGGGUGGAAGAAUGCUCUGAAGAACUUGUGAGGGCCGAACUGUCCAACAUAGAAAAACUCGUCUCGCAGCUGGAAGAAAGACGGAAAAGGAUGCAGGAGAUGAAUACCAAGGUACAUCUCUUUCAGAAACAAAAAGUAUUUGGCAACUUUAGGCCAAUUCGAUUCUGGACACUUACACGAAGGAUGAAGCUCACAACUUGAGUCAUAUUAUCAGCGCCUUGAAUAUGCGAUGGACCAAGUUCAAUGAUAAGUAAGUUUAAGAAUGAGGUUGAACUUUAGACUUUUAUAUGGAAAUUUGAAAGAAAAUGAAGAUCUCGAGUAAUUUUAUAAGGGAAAUGAUCUGUGGGGAGGUCAAAAUCGCUUCCAAAAAAAUGUCUAAAGAAGCAUUUUUAUAUUUUGCGAUAGAGCAUUAUAAAAAUGAGAAAUAAGAUCUCCAAGCCGAUGCGCAGCGAAUUUGGUGCUUUUAAAAAAAGAUUUUAAUGUGAACGGUUUAUAUAUAUAUUUCCCUGGGAAGGUGUAAUUUUUCAACUUCGUACAUUUCUUGGCUUCUCGAGGAGUAUUCUGGCAUUUUUCACGAUACUCCUAAAACAAAAUGAAGACAAAAUAGGAUUUGAAGAAAUUUUCUUAGUUUUCCGGCCUAUUUUCAAGAAUAUCCUUGUAAUUUUUUCUUUUCCAGCAUCCGGAUCCGAAGAGCCGUUCUAGAAGCUUCUCUGAGAAGCCGUGGCGAUUUCCAUUCGGCCCUGGCCGAGUUUGAACAAUGGCUCGAGAAACAGGAAAACGUUCUGGAUACCCUGGAUGUGGACACUCAGAAUCCGCAGGCGAUCAAGGACACUUCCAAGAGGAAACAGUGGACUUUUACCCAUAAGGUGGACCCUAAGAAAUGGAUACCUUAAAAAUGAAGCUGUAGCUUAAAAACAAGCCGAAAAGAACGGAGUUUCCUCCCUAAAUUUUGACUUUCGUCAAAUUUUUUUUUGUGCUUCUAGGAAAAGCUGGGACAGAAUAUUAAAUUUUCCCAGCAAAUCCGGAAGUUCAAUCCCCACUGUCUUGAGACAGUGUUUAAGGAGAACCCCAUGAUUUUUUUUUUACCGAUUUCAAGUCAUUUAGUGAUCACUGAAGCGAUUCAAAUCCCUCUUUAGUGUUCACUUGGAAGCGUAGAAUCUUUCGAGUUUUGUUUGAAAGAAGGAAUUUUUUUAAAAAUUAGAAAAAAAUAAAUUUUUUUCUAUCAAGGGUGACUUCAUUGAAUUUGUUAUGAAAUUUGAAAGUUUGAGAAAAAAAGGGUUUUUUUAUAUCUUUUGAUUUUUUUAGCUUGAAUUAAGGCGUAAUUCUAUAUCUUUGUAAACUUUGAAAUUAUCUAUUUAUUUUAAAACUUUGAAAAAUUCAAUUUUUCAGAACACCAUGGCAGAGCUUUCGGCACAUGAAGCUGUAUUAAAAGCUGUCGAGGACAUGGGAAAACUUCUUGUCGAUGGUAAAUCUUGUGAAAUUUAGAUUUUAUCGGGUUAGAAAAAAUUAUAAAACUAUGAGGUUUCCCGUUUCAGAAAAAGUUCAGAUUUAAUAGUAUGGAAACGAGUUCGCUAUUCUGUUCAAAUGGAUUAGAAACAUUUUUCAUCACCAUCCUACUUCAAUCGGCACAACUAAAUUUUAGCUUGUUGGGGGAAUUCAUAACCUCGCGCGUAUGUCGCUUUUGGUCGGGCGCGAGUCGACGAAAAUGCCGCGAAACAGAUGCGCACAGAGUCUGUCUAACCGCGAUACUAACGCUUCAUGAGACCGACGAUACCUUCAAGUUUUCAAAUUUGUACAUACCUAGAAACAGAAAAGUGAUUGAUUCAACCUUCUUCUUGCUGAACCUCAAAAAAAAGAUUAUUAUUUUUUCAAGACGAGUAAGAAAACGGGAAAUUUGAGACUUUUGCUAACGUCAGGCGGAUUUUUUCAGAAGCGAAAAAAUUUCAUCUGAUAUAGUCUUUUUUCGUAUCUUGAAAGUGUCUGCGCCUCUUUGUUUCCUCACCGGUGAGGUUAGAGAAACAGGGAAACAGCAAGAAGACAUGAGAGGGUAACCGAGAGACAGGGAGAGCGCAGAGGCCGUGGAAAACUGACUAGAUGGAAAAUGAAAGUAGAAAAAUGAAUACUAAACUUUUUAGGCCUUGACAAUGGCCAAGAAAAAGUUUCGAUGCAAGCGAGAGUUUCUCAGUUGUCACAACGAUGGGCGACCAUUAAAACCACGGCUCAAAAUGUUGGGUUCGUUUUUUUUUUGUGAAUUUUUAUUUUCAGAGCAAUGUUCUAAAAAAUUCAUGCAUACAUCCUCCUUGUACAUUCUAACCUGUCUGCGCCCUCUUUUCCCUCACCAUAUCAUGGAAGAGCAAGGGAAAUUUAGGUUUUUGACGUUUAAGCGGCCAGGUGUUUUUUUUUUUAGAAGUCCUAGUACUACUAGACCACUGAAAACUACUAGAGUGGUUACUACCUUCUAUAAAGAUAGUUCUAGUGGCCACUUUAGAGCCCUCUCCAAGUAGUUCCUGAGGAACCUCUUAAGAGGCCCCUAGAGUUUUUUCCCAGAACAUGGAAAAGAAUCACAAAUGUUUAGGGAAAGACUCGAGAAAGCCGAGCAAGAAUGGGAGAAGCUCAGCGACACUUUGGCCUCACUUUUGGCUUGGAUUGAUUCGAAAUCUGUUAAGGUGAUUGGAAAAAGCAAGAACUGAAAAGAAGAAAAGGUGGAUUCUAGAUUGAAGAACAACAACCGGUGGCUGGGAAUCUUUCCCAAGCCAUGCAACAAUCGGCCUACGUCAAGUCAGUGUCCAGAGAGAUGGAACAACGCAUCCCGGCUUAUAAGAAUACGGUAGGUUCUUGGUAGGCUUUGCGGGCUAGGGUACUCUAGUUGAUUAAUAAAAAAAUAGAUAAUAAUCAGAAUUCUGUCGUUUACAAAGAGAGUUUACAAUGCAGUUUCAAGACAGUGGGAAAGUUGAGUUUUUUUGAAAAUCAAGCAAAAAUUAAUCAUGGAAUCGAUUUUACUGUUGAAAAAAAAAGAUGAUCAAUUUUUCCUUUUCUUGAUAAAUAGUUUUUGAAAUUUAGUCCUUGCUCUAAAUUUUUCUUUUUUUUGAAGAUUGCCGAGGCUCAUUCGUUCCUGAUGCAACACGACUUAAGGCCAAAAAUGCAGUCGGCCCGAGUUUUGGAUGAUGGAAAUGAUGAUGGUUCGAUUUUUUUUUUCGAGACCUGAUCAAAUCUUUCCAAUUUUAAGAACUUGGCGACAUGGAACAACGGCGUCGAGGCCUAGAAAUUCAUGCGAAUUGCGAGAAAUUGAAGCAAAAAUGGGCGGAGCUUGGCGUUCAGGUAUUGAGGCCCCUUAAGGGAUUCUUCCCAAAGUUUAUUCCAGGUAGACAACUGGGAUAAGAUCGUCCAGCAAGCCGUGCAGCGUCUGCAAGAAAUUGAGCGAAAUUUAGCCGAAUGCCAACUUCACUUAAGGUACACCUUGAGGGCUUGGAAACAAAUUGUAUAUGUGUACAACAACAACAAUUCUAAAAGUAUUCCAUUGACAAAUGACAGGACAGAAACUGGAAAGUGAGGAGUUAGAGAAUUCGAGGUUUUCAAUUAUUUUUAAAGAUGGGUUUCAGACGCUUAGUGUUUUUUUUCUCUGAAAGUUUUCUCAAAUAUUUCCUUUGAAGGAUGGUACCUCAUAGUUGCUGCCUGAUCCAACUUCUAUUUCUAAAUAAUUAACUUUAAAAAUUGGCGAAAGUGACGCGUUGCGUACGCGACGCGGCUUUUUGGCGAGCAAAUUGAGGUCAAAAAUGAUCCGCCUUUCUUCCAAUUGUUUCUCUCUUUUUGGCAGUUUUUUCAUAACUUUCAAUUUUUUAUCGUUUCGAAAAGCUUCAAAUGAACGAAUAAAAGUAUAAAAAUGAUAAGAAGGUUUUUUUUUUUCCAUGAUUGCGUUUAAGCCCGAGCUGCCCGCCAAAUCCGCGUCGCACACGCAACGCGUCUCCCUUGCCAAUCAUAUCAUGAAAAGAAAAAAGCUAAAAAUUGUUCUAGAUUCUAGAUUUUUUGUUUCCUUAUUUAUCAUGUUUUCCGAAAGGCAUUCAGAGAGUUCCAACCCAUUUUCUUAAAACACCAUCAGGAUAUCCUUUUCCAGCUCUGUCGAAGCGGACGUCGAAAAACUCGAAGUGGUCGAGAAAAUCCACCUGGAAGACCUGAAGGCGGCCCGAGAGGAAACUGAAGCCCUGUCGAGGAAAGUCGACGAAGUCCGACUCCACAUCGACGACGCCAACGACGCCACCGGACGUCUUCUGGCGGCGAAUCUCCCUUUGGAUCAACAUACCAGAAGUCAAGUCGAUAAUGUCAAUCGGAGGUUGAGGAAAACCAACAAAGGAAUAAUCACAAUCAAACUUAGAUAUGCGACCCUGAAAAGUGCGGUUCGAGUGAGGCAGGCGGCGUUGAAAAACGCCCUUUCGGACUUCGGACCGUCUUCUGAGCAUUUCCUGAACCAAAGCGUCACGCCCCCUUGGCAAAGGGCCAUCAGCAAAACGAACCUUCUGCCUUAUUAUAUUGAGUGAGGAUAAAGCUUAUAAAAAUAUUUUCAGAGCUUGAAACGCCUUUAAAACCACAUCGUUUUUUUUAUUUUUGAAUUUAUUUCGGUUCUGAAAAUUUAUAUGUUUUGGAAACGUUUUGAAUAUUUCGAAACGCCUUCAAAACGCCAUUUUAUUAUGAAUUUCCUUCGACUUUUCGUACAUUUUCCUGUCCUGAAAAAUUAUCAGCUGUUUUUUUACGUUUUCUUUUUCUUAGUUAAAGCCGUAAAAAUGCAUUUAACUCUUAAAAAACCUUCAAAUUUAGCCAUACGACCGAGAAAACCCAAUGGGAACAUCCGGUUUGGGUGGAGAUGUGCAAGGAGUUGUCGCAGUUCAAUCGCGUCAAAUUCAUCGCCUAUCGGACCGCGAUGAAGCUCCGAGCUCUGCAGAAGAGACUCUGCCUGGAUCUGGUCGAUUUGCCGCUUCUGGAAAAGGUUCGAGAAAAAAAAGGUGUUAUAGUCGAUUCACGGUUAGCUAGGGGGAACUAAGGGGGCGUGGCCUGUCUGUGCUCUCCACCAAACAGGCACUAUUUCUCUUAUUAUCGAGUCGGAAUCUUUUUUUUCGAUGGCUUGAGCCAGCGUUAAUCAGCUAUGACCACAGUGACCCAAUAAAAAUUGCAAAAAUCUUUUUUUUUUUGCUCAGAAAAAAAACUUUGAGGAGCUUUUCCACGGGCUUAGUCUAAAAAAAGGUCUUUAAAAGGCCUCACAGGUUCCUUUUCUCUAGGCAUUUGAAAAAAAAAACCUUUUUUUAAGAGAAGAAAGUGAAAAAAAAGGAGAUUCGGAGAAAAUUUUGACCUCUUUUUUUAUAGGAAAACUCAAAAAGGAGCUCUAGAAUCUAGUCUAGAUUUUUAUUUUGAGGUUUUUUUGAGGCCGUUUGAACUUUUCCCAUGUCCAUUAAGCCCAUGAUUCGAGAAUAGAAAAAUUUUGAUUAGAUUCGAAUAAGUAUCGAAUUGAAGAUUUCUGUGAUUUUUGUUGUCGAACCCAAGUUUUUUCCAGACGUUCUCCAGAAUGAAAGGCCUCUCGGCAGAGGAAUGCCCAGGCCUGGAAGGCAUGGUCUGCAGUUUGCUGCCGACUUUCGAGCAACUCCAUCUCAAAUAUCCGAACCAAGUGAAGAGCGUCUCCCUGGCCGUCGAUGUCUGCAUCAAUUUCCUUCUCAAUCUUUUUGAUCCGUCAGUUUUUGAUCAACUUGAGUUCUAAUCGAAUUUUGAAAUUAAAAAAAAUUGUUUUUGACAUUUUAAAAUUUUACUUUGACAAGUAUUUUUUAGCUCCCGAGACGGUAUUCUUCGAGUUUUGUCCUUCAAAAUCGCCCUGAUCGUUUUCGCCAACAUUCCUCUGGAUGAGAAGUACAAGAGUGAGUUUGAAUGGAAAAUAAAAGAAAUGAUGUUUUUUCUCAGUGCUUUUCCAAUUGGUUUCCCAAGAUGGACAGGCGAGUCAAAAGCAAAUCGCCCUCCUUUUGUAUGACUUGAUCCAUGUGAGUUUAUUUCCUUUGAACCAUGGUUCCUGGGGAAAUUUGAGAUUUUCUACACCCAGUCUCUUAUUGGCUACUUUAAGCUGCUGUCUUUCUCUGAGCCCUCCUUUUCCCUUGCCGACCCUCUCAUAAUGACGCGCUAUUUCAUGUUUCUCUGACCUCGCCGGUGAGGGAACAGAGAGACGCAGACACUUUGAAAAUUUCAAGUUGCGGCGAACUUAUGACUUAGAAUUGUUCGGAAAAUUGCUUUUUUUUUCAGAUCCCAAGGCUCAUCGGAGAAUCGGCUGCGUUUGGCGGCUCGAACGUAGAGCCGUCGGUGAGAUCUUGCUUCGAGGCGGUCCGAUUCGCGCCGACUAUCUCUCAGACGGGAUUCCUGGACUGGAUGAGAAAAGAGCCGCAGAGCGUCGUCUGGCUCGCCGUCAUGCAUCGUCUCAUCGCUUCUGAAGACACUAAGCAUCAGGUUAGAGGCUGUCAACUGUGAAAUAUGUGUAUUGUAUGUCAGUGAUCAUUUCUUGUCGUUCAAAAAGUCGUUGAAUAAAAAAAGGGAAAUUUUAGCUUUCCCGGUUUAAAAACUAUACGUACUUUGAUCUUUACAUGAAACAGUAUGUCUUCUCUGUCCUCUUUAAUGCUCACGCGUUGUUUUCAUAUAGUUAUGAUCUCACCAGUGAGAGAAAAGAGAGCGCAGACAGAUCAGACUGUUCCAACAAACAAAGAUUUUGAGAUUUACACUUUUUCCAUAGAGCUUUUAGGCUGUUCAAUUGAAUAAAAUGAAAAAAAUAGGCUUAAACUUUUUUUUUCGGCUAAAAACUAGAGAAAGGUACAUACACAGGGUUGCUUACCGUACUCGCUUCACUGGAUUCUGCGGGAAAGUCAGUAUAUUUUCUAGAAAGUUACCAUCCAUAAUAGAUAGAUAAGAGGACUGAAGGACCAAUUAUGAGAAAAAUUGUUUGAAAAAAAAUCAGCUUGAAGCUGCAAGAUUUUGGAGCAAAUAUUUGUAAAUUAGUAUAAAUCGAGCGGUCUCAUGACGGUGAGCUCUAGAGAGAACGGAAAUUUAUGAUAGAAAUAGAGUAAGAAAAAAAAAGAACACAAAGAACGCCAUUUUUGGAGUUUCACUGUUCUCUUUCAGUCGAAAUGCAACGUCUGCAAGAUGUUCCCAAUCGUCGGCCUUCGAUAUCGCUGCCUUUCCUGCUUCAACCUCGACAUGUGCCAAAACUGCUUCUUCAGCCAGAGAACUGCCAAGAAACACAAAUUGAAGCAUCCCAUGCAAGAAUACUCGACGCCGGUAGAGAUUCUAUCCAUUAAAAAAAGAAAAUGAUCAUUUCAAGACGACAUCUUCGGAAGACGCGCGAGACUUUGCUCGGAUGGUCAGGAACAAGUUGCGGAGGAGCCGAAGGACUUUGGCUUAUCUACCUGUUGAGGUAUAGUCGAUUACGUAUAGAAAUUAUCAAAAUGCUUUGAAAGCCAAAUAUUCAGAAACAUCGGUAGAUUUUUAAAGGACAUACAACGAAUUUUCAUGCUCAGAAGCUGAAAUUUUAAAGGGUUAUAGCUAAUUCCACGCCAACUUGUCACGUCUUUAAUUUUCUCCGAAAACCCUUCAGGAAAGUUUCCCUUCGAUGCAGACGGACUGCCUCUGA